AUGCGUUACUCCGUCGUCUUCGCUACUCUCUCUGCUCUCGCCCUCCAGGGUGCUGUUGCCCAGAGCAACCCUGCCACUCAGUAUCUGACCGAGACCAACUCCAACGGAGUUGUGACCGGCCAGCCUGACGUCGUCACCUCCCAGGCAGCCGCCGUUACCUCCCAGGAGCCCGCUGCCAGCAUCCCCGCUGGUCUGACCUCCGAGCCCUCUGGUGCCUCUGGUUACCCUGGCCAGACUGGCAGUGCCACUGCCACUGGCACUGCUACCACUGCUACUGGUACCGGCUCCUCAGCUCACGGCUCGGCCACCGGCUCUGGAUCUGCCUCUGCCUCUGGCAGUGGCAGCAAGAGCCUGACCACCAGCACUCGCACCAAGUCGUCCACUGCCACUGGUACCUCCACCGAUACCUCCACCGACUCGACUGACUCCUCCUCCUCCGGCACUGCCACUGGCACCCAGACCGGCACUACCUCCGCCUCCACCGGUGCCGCUGCUACUGCUGGCCCCGCUCUCGGCCUCAUUGCCGGUGCUGCCCUGGCUGCUUUCGCUCUGUAA